UGGGGAGCAUGGAAGCAUGACAGGACAUCGGAAGGCGCUUGUUUCUAUUUUUUGGGGGGCCUAAUCAAGUUCUCAUGUUGUUUGAGCCGUGGUCUCAGUGCAAGGACAGAUGAGAUUCUAUGGCCGUGUGUUAAUGCGCGCAACAUGGCAAGGUGAUCAAAUGACCAAAGCCAAGUGAUAGCGUUCGAAACUACAGCAGUUGACUGCUUUUAAUAAGUACUGAUGGGGGUCCGCGGCCUCAGUUCCUUUUUCACGCUUAAUCCCGACCUGUCGGAAUGGAAGGAUUUGCAUUCCACGAAGUUAGUGGUUGAUGGAAACAAUCUAAUCUAUAUGAUCUACUUCACAUCAAACCUCGAGUGCGUCUACGGGGGUGACUAUGACGGGUAUGCAACAGCAAUACGCAAUUAUUUUGCUGUUUUCAAGAGUUGCAACAUAGAGCUGAUCCUCGUGUUUGAUGGUGGACAUGAUGUUUCCAACCGCAAGCUGAAGACAACCCAGCGUCGCCUCCAGGAGCGCUUGGCUACUGCCAAGGCCAUUGCCAAGACAGGGGCUCCCAACUUAAAGAUUCUUCCUAUACUAGCGCACGAGGUGUUCAAGGAUGUUGUGCGAGAACUAGGCAUCCAAGUUUUUCAGUGCAGCUUUGAGGCUGAUGAAGAGAUUGCUGCCAUUGCUAACUACUAUGGAUGUCCAGUGGCCAGCCAGGAUAGCGACUUUUAUAUAUUCAACCUUGUUGGCGGCUUUAUUCGGCUUGACUCUAUCUGUACAUCGCCACAAAUAGUGACUGCAGAGAAUGGUGAAAAGGUGACUUCUUUGCCCUGCAAGUGGUACCAUGUAGACAACUUAUUGUGUCAUUUUCCUGGCUUUGAUAAGUCUAUGCUUCCAUUGUUUGCUACAUUAAUGGGAAAUGACUUUGUUAAUGGUGUAAUGUUUGAAGGCUUCUUCAACAGCAUCAAGCUUCCUCGGCUCAAAAGCAAGAAACUGAAGAUCAGUAAGCAGCACACUAAGAUGGUUGGCCUCCUCUACUGGUUAAGCAACACAAGUUAUGAUGUCGCAUUAUCCCAGAUAUUGCAGAAACUGAAAGGAGCAAGGCGCGAGUCUACUACCAAAAUAAUUUUGGACACCGUGGCUCGGUAUGAAGUGUGCAAGUCAUCGUUUAUUGACAAGUUGAAGGAUGGAGCCAAAAUGGUUCUUACAGAUGAAGGAGGCAGCACAUUUCCAGAAUGGUUUUCAGAGCUGUACUUCAGUGGGAUCCUUAACCCAUAUCUCAUCAAUAUUGCUGCUGUGCACCAGGUGUUUCAUUUGACACAGAUUGAUUGUUUUGAGUUGGAAAGCAGUUAUGCAUGCUCACAAAACCUCCGUAAAAUUCUUUAUGGCCUAGUAUUGAGUGAGAACUCGAAUUCCGAGGAUUUAAGACCUGUAGAAGAAUUUGAUAGAGAAGGACAGAACAUCACUCGUCAGUUUGUUGAACCUAUCUUGUGUGCAUCUGGUUAUGGGGCACUUCCAAGGUUAGAAGAAAUUCCUACUUUAACAGACCAGAGUCGUAAAAAUUUAUUUUUUUCUAUAUUUGGUGUUGAAAGCAUACAGGGUCAGUGUCCAGAAUCGGUGCAUGGUCUCCUCGCAGUUAUCUGCUUCUGGCUUAAAAAUUCCAGAUUAAAAGUUAAUGAAAACCUCUUUCGCUCAUUGCUUGUGAGCAUUGUGAUAUUGAGGCUUCUUUUGAAGACAAAACUAUCGUCUCGAAAGGCUUCAGAGAAGCUGAAAUUUCUCAGGAAUGGCUGUGCAGUUCGAAGCCGUGAAGGCAUAGAUGACAUUCUACCAGGUGUGGAAGAACAUUUGAGUUAUGACACCGUACACUAUGCAAGCCAAAAGUUUUCAAAGUUCUUCAUUGGUCCUGUACAUAACCAUGCUAAGCGCUUUGACUAUGAAUUGGUGUAUUUGGUUAGCCAACUGCAGACCUGCCUUUUGUUUGCAAGGUUUCUCAACAGGCUGUUGCUUGAGCCGUGCAAGGAUGUUGAGUUUCACAAAACUUUGAAUGGCACUUUUCUUUACAACUUGACAAAAGAGCUGGACAGUCGAGUAAAUCCAGACCUUUUUAUUGCUGAGUAUAUGGGAAGAGGAACAGUGCUUGAGACUGAGUUUUCUCUUUUCUACAAGAAAAUUCGAGACCUUGUGCCAGAAGACAGUUUCUGUGCAGGAGCAGCUGCAGGUGGAAAGAAAAGGAAAAAAAAGAGUAAGAGGGCUGAUACUCAUGCAACUGAACGGCAAGAUGAUUCUCUUGAACUGCUGUCAAAUCGCUUUGAAGAGCUCUUGAAGGAAGAAGCAUAAAAACUGUGUGCUAUACAUUUGCUUCAUCUGGUAUCCAAACUUCACAAUGAAUACUUUUAUCUCACUCACCUUGUGUGGGUUUGUACAAAUGUUCUGAGACGUCCCUGCCAAAUGUUACUCAUUAGGUCAUGUGAUAAUUAUGUUUUAAUAAGUUAAAUAAUAAAAAGUUUGUCAUGAGCUAUGCAUGGUGUA